AUGUACUACAUUUUGUGGUCUUGUGCCGCCCGCAUCUGCCACAGUGUCGGUCUUGAUCAAAACAUAGACGGAGGGAUGUCGCUCGAAAGCCAGUAUCAAAGCCGCUUAUUCUGGUCGCUCAUAGCAAAUGACUGGUUGAACUUGCCGCUCGGACAUAGCUGCAUCGAUGAAUCAGAAUUCACAGUCGAUCAACCGUUGGAGCUCGACGACGUCGAGGUUUCGCUCGGUGUCAAUCUUGAGGGAUUCACCCCCGCUCUCUGUCCAGUACAGCACUUGAUAGCGCUCUGCAAGCUUGCUUCGGUUCUUCGUCACUUCCAAACCCGUCUUUUGAACGUUUUGGAUAGCCCUGGAAUUUCAACAAUUGUCACCGAGACCAAUGAUCAACUCACCGCCGUCAUUACUCAGUUACCCGCCCAUCUUCGAUCAUCCAUAGGGUCCACGACGUUUGAUGCCGUCGGCGACAAUGAAGAGGAAUGGGUGAGGUGGCAGCGAUACAACAUCAGGCUAUUGUGCAACUACUACCGUAUAGUUAUCAACCGCACGAUUCAAGAGGACACGGCAGGGGACAGAGGACAGCACACAACAGCUAUCAAACGCUGCGUUGACGCUGCUCAUGAAAUACACGACAUAAUUAUAGAAAUGGAUUCAGAUCCGCCUCGACAUUUCAUCUGGUGA